GCACAAUUGGAUUGUUUUGGUUUCAUUUAUUAUUUAUCAAAAUGUCGCAGGUUGAUUCCCUUGAUUUUAAUUACAAUAACGAAACGGAAAUUAUUGAGAUCGAACCGCUCGUAGAUGAGGAAGAGGAGCCGCCAUGGAAGAUCAAACGACUGAUGUGCAAUAUCGACGGCUGCACAUACCAGACGGACAGAAGAAGAGAUAUGCGCCGCCAUAAACGUUCUAUGAAACACUUGGACUACGAUUACUGUUCGGAUGACUCUGAUUCUGACAUUGAUCGACCGCCGUUUUUUUGUAAACUGUGCAAAUACACUACAGCCAAGAAGUUCUGCUUCGUUCGGCACGUGCGAUCGGUGCGCCACAUACGAAGGGAGCAAGCGGCAGAAGAGGAGGAGAAGCUGGCGCAGAAGAAGGCAGGAACUUCGCAGAUGGAAAGCCUAGAGCUUAUAGAACCAGCGCUUUAUACUGUAAAAGAGAGAGACAACAUGGUAUUGACUUGCGUGCUCUGCGAUUACAGUACCACCCAAAAAUUACACCUGGCGCGACACAAUAAGACUCCUCAGCACAUACAGAACAUGCAGAACAUAGCGGAUGAAAGCGAGUUCAUUGAGUUUGCCCCUCUAGAAGAGGAUGAAGGAGUGGAGGAAGUUAACCGAGCGGCACACGAGGAAAAUUCGCCCAUCUCUCUGGAGAUCGAUAGGGAGCUCGACAACUAUAUUGCUGUUGAUGGAGGGACGUUUGAGUGCACAGCCUGUGAAUACAAGACGGCCAGAAAGUUCUGCUUCGUCCGCCACGUGCAGUCUAGAAAGCAUCUGGCCAAGUUGCAGGAACUGGAAGAUGCAGACCCUAUUGUCCAAACAAAUACGGGCGAAAUCAUCGAGUAUGAGCCAGUGGAGGAAAAGAUUUCUGAAGAGCUUUUAUACCUACCCACAGAGGACGAUCCGGGGGAGUACGCUUAUUACAUAAUCACCGGAAACGAAUAGAUUUUGAAUUCAAACAAAUCUUGGUGAUGGCAAAGCUUGCAUUUUUGUAUGCUGGUAUAAAGGUAAUAAUACAAGUCACUAUAUUUUAUAAAGCUACAAUUUUGUAUAUCAAGAGUAUUUAAAUCAUUGAAUUCUAAAAAUAACUGAAGAGCAGUGAUGUUUUUUGUUUGUAAAACCGAAUCCAUCUUAAACCUUUAGAAAUGAUCAAUUUACAAUAAGCACACAGAUGAUGCUAAAUGAGCUUUAACUUUAUAAAUAGCUAAUUUUUGAUGGAAUAUUUACGAGUUCC